AUGGCACUAGUGGACGCGCUGUGCGCCUCCAGCGUCGACAAUGCGGCGCUCGUCUACAGCACCUUCAACGCCGCAGGCUUCCUCUUCGACAAUGCCGCGGGUUUCUACGACGGCACCGGCAUUGCCGAUGGCCCGGCGCUUGCGCUGCAGGCGGCCGACAGAGCGCCGGGGCUGUCCGCCGCGGGUGACGUGGCGCCGUGCCUGGAGAAGCAGUCCACGUCGUCGCCCGCGCCGCCGAGGAGGAAGCGGCGUCGGCGGGCGAGGAGCUGCAAGUCGAGGGAGGAGACCGAAUGCCAGCGCAUGACCCACAUCGCCGUGGAGCGCAACCGCCGGCGCCAGAUGAACGAGUACCUCGUCGUGCUCCGCUCCCUCAUGCCAGAGUCCUACGUCCAGAGGGGUGACCAGGCAUCGAUCGUCGGAGGGGCGAUAGAUUUCGUCAAGGAGCUGGAGCAGCAGCUGCAGUCGCUGGAAGCGCAGAAGCGGACGCUGGCUCACUACCAGCAGCACAAGGCAGGAUGCGACGCGACGCCGCUGCCGGCGGCCAUGCCGACGCGCGCCAGCACCAGCGGUGGCAACGCCUGCGUGGAGUCCACGAGCAACUGCAGCAGCAGCGUCACCGAGGCGGACGGCGCGUCCGACGCGCCGCCGUUCGCGGGGUUCUUCACGUACCCGCAGUACGUGUGGCGCCAGUCGCCGCGCGACGCCACGACGCUGUCGGCGGACGAGAGCCGCGCCGGGGUGGCCGACAUCGAGGUGAACCUGGUGGAGACGCACGCCAGCCUCCGCGUCAUGGCGCCGCGGCGGCCCGGCCAGCUGCUCCGCAUGGUCGCCGGCCUGCAGGCGCUCCGUCUCACCGUGCUGCACCUCAACGUCACCGCGCUCGACUCCCUGCUCCUCUACUCCCUCAGCCUCAAGGUGGAGGAGGGAUGCGGCCUGACGACGGCGGACGACAUCGCGGCGGCGGUGCACCAUGUGCUCUGCUUCAUCCACGCGGAGGCGGGGGCGGCGUCGCAGCAGCUGCUCGCGCCGGCGCAGUAG